AUGAGGGGUUUAUUAAGAGUAGUCUACAACCAGCUCGAGCUGAUACUGAAGGGAAGACCGCGGGGUCGGCGUCGGAAACGGGCCUCCAACUACUCGCCGUCUCUCUCCGACAGAUCUAGCGACAGCGACUCGCAGAAACGCGUCGAGCCACCUGCUGAGCCCCCGCGGCGACUGUCGCUCCGCAACGGCGCGCCGCGGUACAGCGACGAGGACGACAAGGAGGCCAGCGCCGAGGACCGCGCCUUCCUCGACCAGCUCAAGCACUUCUACAAGCAGAGGGGGGAGACCUUCAAACCCGCACACUCGCUGAAAGACCUGUCGCUGAGAGCGCUGUAUCACUCCGUGACGAACGCUGGGGGCUACGAAGCGGCCUGCAGGCACAAGUUAUGGCGGCAGAUCCACCCCCCUCAGCCCAACACCGCGAGGCGACACUACGAGAGAUUCCUGCUAUCCCUAGAGAAGCACGAAGUGUCCGCCGGACUCCGAACGCUACCCAAACUGAACGGGGCCGUCGAGCAACCCACCGUCACCAUAGAGCUGGCGGACAGCAGGGAACCGAGUCCCGUGCCCAAGGAAGAGGCGAAAGACUUCAGCGUCACGUCCAAACCUGCUGAAGAGCUGAACAGGGAGUUCCUGGACUCCUUACCACCGAAGGAGGAAAAUAAAGUGAAAAUAAGCGUGAAGCCGGUGGAGAAGCUUCUAGAAGAGCCUAAGAAGGAAAAGCAGGAGCCGCAAGAUGCCUUCUACUCCGAACUCAAGGCUAAACUAAAUCUGGGCAACGCGGACAGUAAGUUCCUGUCGGAGAUAGCGACGGCGCAGCAAGAGUUAGUGUCAAGCAGCGCCCUCAGCUCCCUCUCGAGUCUCGUCAACGGCCACACGCUGCCCAAAGACCAGAGUCGGGCGGCAGGGGCGGCGCCGGGCGGGGCGGCGGCGCCCGCGCGGAGCUCGCUGCGCGCCGUGCGCGUCAAGCCGGCGCGCGCGCACCACAACGCGCCCGCCAGCACGCCGCCCGGGUCCCUGAGGCCGGACUCGGCCUCGUCCUCCCCGCCGGCCUCGGUGGCCUCCGGCCCCGGCCCCGUCACCAACUUCGGCAUCCACCACCCGCCGCCGCCGCCCGCGCACAGCGACGACGAGAUCGUCGAGGUCCCGUACAAACCCAAAACGCCAGAGAUCAUAGACUUGGACGAGUACCCGGAGAGCCCCCAGGCCGUCAAAAAGAAGAAGUUAGACAUCCUCAAGGAGCGCGGCCUCGAGGUCACCGCGCUCCCCCGGCGCCCCCUCCUGGCCCCCCGCGCCGCCCGCGCCCCCCCUCCCGCCCCUAGUGCUCGCCCCCGCCGUGCAGCACCAGAUCAUGACGCAGGCCCAGAUCUUCCAGAUGUACAACAUCCUCCCCCCCGCCUACCCCAACGGCGUGCCCCCCAAAGUCAUCCAGGCCACCAGCGCUUUCGGAUCUUCGGGGCCGGAGAAAACGGUCUACGGGAACCCCAAGGACCCCUUCAUGCCUCCCCCCCACGUGUUGCUCGGAACUCCUCUUAAGCCGCAGCGGAACAGCACGGCCGCGGUACCCUCCACCCCCCCGCAGGAUAUACUAGACUUGACCUGCAAGACGGCGCCCGCGGGCCCCAAGCCCGCCGUAGAGAUAGUCAGAAUCCCGAGCGUCCCCUCCCCCUCCAAAGUUCCCCCCCAAAAUUUAAAUAAAAACUACACCCUAAUAGACGGGAAAGCCGUCGUGGGCUCCAAUUUGGAAAUAACUCUCGUGAACCCCAAAUCUCAGACCCCUACUAAAUCUAGGCAGCAGAAACGAUCUUCGAACGGCAAAUUCGUCCCUGCGAAAACUCCGACGCCCCCUAAGGAGUACCCGAAAUCUUAUACCAGCCCUUCGCAGUCCAAGAAACCUCCUAUAGUAGUCCCGAAUUACCAGGUGAACCAGAGAGACGAUGUAUCCCCUACAUCCUCCACCGGCUCUGGAAACUCCCAAACGAAUUUACUCCAAAACAACAUGCUGCAGAACGUUUUUAAGGGCCAGAAUAGCUUGCAACAGAUGAUGGAUAUGCAGAAAAAUGUUCCUAGCAUGCCGUAUGUAGACCCUAUGUACAUGAGUGCUUUGUAUAGUAGUCUCGCCGGUUCCAUGGACCAGAGGCAGUUGGCCAUGUACAGGGAUUUCAUGGCGAAUCAGUUUAGGGGGUAUUCCGGACUUUUGGGGGUGACGCCGACAACGAAAAAUUAAUCUAGUCUCUGUGUGAUAAAUUAAAUCGCGCGGUGGUAAAAAUGACAGCAUUUCUGUGACAAUUAUCUGAAGGAAAAAUGAAGAUUAAUGUAAACUUGAAACCUGUUUUAGAUUCUAAACUAAAUGUAUGAAUGUUGAUGGCCAAAACAAAUUGUAUAUUACGUAGAUUUAAGGUAGAUAAAUGGGACUCGGAAUGGCGGGAGCGAAAACAGGUUUUAAGGAAUAUUUUGGAAAAAGCUGUCAUUUUUACCAAAUGUCGCGAUCACCUUUUGGCUUCAUCGAGGCGGCAUCGAGCAUAGUGUAAGGUUAGGCUGUCGAAAACUACCCUCGCUUUUUUACAUUUGGAAGGUUUAGGGCCACACGCACCAUUCACUAACCCGGGGUUAACCGGUUAAACCAUGGAGUAACCAUGGUUACCAGUACAAUUUGACACUGGGUUAACAGUUUAACCGAUUAACUCCGGGUUAAUGAAAUGGUGCAAGUGGGUCUUACAUAAUCUAGGUACAGUCAACUGUAAAAAUAUAGGUGUAGCCAACUUAUUCAAAAAUAUGUCCCAUAGUUCUUAAUUCGCUGACAUAAGGGCUAUGGGACAUAUUUUUGAGAUGAUUUGUGCACCCAUAUUUUUACAGUUGACUGUACCUACUCAGAACAAGAGCUCAUUCGAUUAUGGUAGGAGAAAAAAAGCUAUGAUUUGUCACAACGGAUUUUUAUCGUAAAAUCGCAGUCGAAAAGCAGCUUUAUUUUGGUUUAAAAUAAAACUGAUUUUCGACUGCGGGGAAAAUAACCGGUAAUCUCCGUACGUAGACGCUAACAACAAAUACGGGGCACAUUUUACUGGCCGGUAAUAUCCGACUUCCGUAGAUAGGGGUGCUUUUUUUGACAGUUUGUUAGACGACAGGAACCUCUCCGAUCCCACGACCUCUCGACGCCUUACGCGACAUAUUUGUGCAUUACGGCGCGAUUCGGGAAAUGAAUUGACCGUAGUUCUGUAGAAAGCGACCAACUUUUUAUUUUUGUCAAAGUAACUUACACCUUACACCCUAACUCGGUAGCUUUGGUCGCUUUCUGCAUUGGUAAAAAAAUUGAGUUGGUCGUUUUCUGCAUAACUACGGUCAAUUAGAGAUGCACUAGACAUGAAAUAGUAAAGAUAUGUGACGUUCCACGGCAAAAGGUACCUUUGCCCCGGCUGAAUAUUGGAGCGGCGUUAAUAAUAGCGUAAGCGCCAGCCGCCAUAAGGUACCUUUUGCCGUGGAACGUUUACGUUUAUCUUUACUAUUUCAUGUCUAGUGCAUCUCUAAUUCAUUUCCCGAAUCGCUCCGUAAUGCCCACUGCAGAAAUGUCACAUUUUUGGCCCCCCAACCUUGAUGCUGGCAAAAUUGCCCCAAUGGACAGAAACCAUAAGAACUAAAAACUGAAGUCUUGCUUGAGAUGCCGCCUCGAUGUGGCUCAGGGCAUGCUGGCCACCAGCUGAUCUCUGUAGCGACAGGAAGAGACAAAUAUACAAAUUGUAUUAUACAGUGUGUGUCUGACCAUCGGGCUUUAAAUCCAGGGCUCGAUUCUACUCGCUAAACUAAGCUACUUUUAUUAUGGCACCAACCCCGAAAUCCCGAAUUUUUUUUUUACUUUUUCAUACAUUUUGGCUGAUCAGAUGUCGACGUUUUCUAUGGAAAAGCCAAAAAUAUUCCCCGAUUUCAGGGUUGGUCCCAUAGUAAAAGUAGCUCAGUUUAGCGAGUAAAAUCAAGCCCUGGAUUUAAAGCCACAUGGUCCGACACACCAUGUACGUACUUGUAUACUUUCUAUGCAUCUCGCUCGUACGCGCGUAUUAGCACUGAAUAAAUAAUAGUACUAGGUACAGAAGACUCACUCUCUAACAAAACGCGUCUGUUACGAUCAGGACAGAGGCCGCUAGGUGGCGACAGCGCCACGCGCGGCUUAUGGCCACCAAAAUUGGUGUGGAACGGAUGUACUUGUAGCUACUUGUUGCGACGCGGAGUGAGCCACGCCUGGUGAGAGCGAGAUGUAUAGAAAGUAAUCAAGGCAGACGUUAGCGAAUAUGUCAGUUUGACACUGCUAGGCAGUCAUGGUCAGGCUACUUGUGACUCUUAAAAAGUCCAAUUUUGACUUCUAAGUUUUAAUAUUGCAAAGUUGUAUGUAACUGUUAUAAAAAUGCAUUACAAUAGGGAAUAUUACGCGCAACUCUGCGUAGGGGGCGCCACUACCACUAUCCGUCACAAUCUGGGGGUCUACUACAAGAAAUCGGAAUUUCGUUAUUUAACCUCUCUAUCACUCUUGCUUAUUCGAGCGAUAAAGAGGCAGAUAACUAAAUUUCGAGUUUCGCUUUUCCCGGUAGGCCCUUGUUAACAAACUGCCUUGAUGCAUCAAUGUCAUAUUUUAUUGUCUGUGAAAACUUGUCAAAAAAACAGUUUAAAGCACAGUGUGUAUAAGUUACUCUAUGGUUUACUAGAGGCGCUAGUGCUGCACUCUGGCGGCAGAACAUUGCAGUAAUACCCCCUAUUCUAAGUCCUUCCUGUCGCGAAAAUGUAACGAAAAAAGUGGGAACAAUUUAGAUUUCUUUUCGUUUCGGGCGUUUUGUAUAUAAUAAAAUAGUGAUAAUUGUUUUUAAUUUAAAUAACAAUGUGAUGAAUAACAUUUACCUGUGUUUGCACUUCACGACAUUUUAAUAUAUAUUUAUUUUGAUUUUGUAAAUGUAUCAGCAAACAUGUACCAAGGGCGUUGUCUUAAUUAUUUAAUAGAUGUAUUAUAUGUGACGUUCCACGGUAAAAGGUACCUUAUGGCGGCUGGCGCUUACGUCGCAUAGCGCCGCAAUAAUAUUGGAGCGACGUUAAUAAUAGCGUAAGCGCCAACCGCCAUAAGGUACCUUUACCCGUGGGACGUCACAUAUUAUAAUUCAGUUUUUCAUAAAGUUAGACCAAGAAAUGUCUGCAGCGGUUUUGUUAGCCCACGCAGUGCAAGUGUUAUUUAUACGUCAAACGGUUUGACGUUUAAAAUAACACUUGCACUGCGCGGGGCUAUCAAAAUCGCUGCAGACUUUUCUUGGUCUAACUUUGUAUGUUUUUGAUUCAACAAUUAAUUUGAAGUUCUGAUCUAGGACUUGUUAUAAUGUUUAUGAUUCUGAAAUAUUCGUGAAAUAAAUUAUUGUAUGGUAAUGAUUAUUUGUCACAUUUCUAGCUGUAACUUGUCUGUGGCGGAACCGUACUGAUAUUUUGGAGGGAUUUUUCAUGCUUCUAAAAAAAGGUAUAUUUGGAAUGUUUUAUUUUAUUACUAAUCAAUAUUUUGAAGUGUAAAUUUUUUAUUCCGUUAUCAUUUUCCAUACGAAUGUAGUGCAUAAUUACUUUUCCAUCGUUUUUUUCACGGAAACGUCCGAACGUGUCUUGCUAUUUCAGUCAGUCUCGGUACAAAAAGUACUGACGUUGACUGAAGAAGCAUGACAAAUACGAACGUUUCCGAGAAAACACGAUGGAAAACAAUUAUACACUACAUCUGUACAGUCAACUGUAAAAAUAUGGGUGUACAAAUCAUCUCAAAAAUAUGUCCCAUAACUCUUUAUGUCAGUGAAUUAAGAACUAUGGGACAUAUUUUUGAGUAAGUUGUCUACACCUAUAUUUUUACAGUUGACUGUACACAUACGUCAUGUCGUCUAUAUGAAUAUGACAGGAACGUAAUAGUCAUAAAUGUAUGGAUGUUUGAGAAAACUUCCAAAAACCAAGCAUGGGAAAGUACCCUAGAGAAAUAUAAAAUGGAUCUGGCCUUCAGGCAAGUAAUGCUCUAAAGAUGCGUCCCCAUCCGAACAGCUUCAAUACGAAUAAUAGCGCAAUUUCUACACCAUAAGUAAUUAAUCUUAAUGUACAGUCAGCCGCAUGCCGCAUGUUUUUCCAACCGGCACGUAUGGAGGUCCAAGGGGGAGGCCUAUGUUCAGCAGUGGACGUCUUAUGGCUGAGAUGAUGAUGAUGAUGUACAGUCAGCUGCAGAGAGAGGUCCCCCCCCCUGCAUAUAAAUUUGUUUGCAGGGGUACAGUCGACGUCAAAGAUAUGUUUACACUUUUGCACCUUACUCCUUUGUAAUAAGGCGAAAAGUGUAGACAUAUCUUUGACGUCGACUGUACACACACGUAUGUACACUUGUAUGUACUAUUUAUUAAGAAAAAAUUUAUUACGCAAAUGUGUUAUUCAGAUUUGUGCAAAGAUAAUUUUGUUAAUGUGAUUCAAUACAAGCUCAUUGUCAUUACCUAUAUCGGCUUUAUAUUUUAACAUAAUUAUUGUCUUAUUUUCUGAAUAUGGAACUUCUGGAGGUAAUAUACCUACUUAGAGAUGAAGAUCCCAAAAAUGCUGAGUAUAGAUCGAAGAAAAGAAAGUACAGUAAGCUACAGAGAUAACUACCCUCCCCCUUUUCCCCUCUUCGAAACAAACAAGUUUCGAAGGGGGUUAGUUAUAUCCGCAGCUCUUUGUACAAGUCGAUGUUAUAGUGGUAAGCUGCUCAGAUGGUGACGGAGCCUAAACAUAGUUUCAUAGAUUCCAUCUCUUAAGUGUUUUUUAGGUUAAUGUUUUGAUCGCGAUGUAAAUAUUAUUGUGAAAGAGUGCGGACGACCGAGUAAAUAAUGAAAAUUAUAAAUUGUUUUAUUUCA